UGUCAUUGGUUUCGGUCGUGGUUAGGUGGCAUACAAUUAAAAGAAUAGAAUAACACAAUUAUACUACAAGACUAUAAAAGCUUUUGCUGAUAUCCAGUAAUUACAACUAACAUUUACUGUUGUGAAAUAGCAUAGUUACGCGAGUGGCUCGAAGCCAGCAUAUACUGUGUUUUAGUAGUGAUUUAUGCAAAACAAAGCUGCAAACGCCAAGGAAUCGCGUUUGUGUGGCGGAAUUUCCUGUCCACUUCUUGUGCAUCAUUCCUAGCACAAAUGCAUUUGUAAAGGGGGUUCUUUCGUGAUAUUCCUGGUUCGUUGUUUAACCAUCACAAAAUUGCACAUUUUCGGGCCAUACACACGGCAGAAUCCUCUCAACUAGAUCUAUUAAUUUCCAAGUGAGCCGAAGUGUUGUGUGACCUCCAGUCAAGCCAAAGCGAUUGUGAAACAGUAUCACGAAAGGUCAUCAUCGGUGCCACAUCUUGUUUAUUACAAAAAGUUAGUGCGGCAGCGUUUUUACUGCAUACAAUAGAACAGUAAAACUGGAAGGGGUAAACGUGACAGCGAAAUUCAUUUAAAUGUGAUUUAAGAUCAGCCCCCUGAGCAAAUUCACAACUUCCUGUGACGAUCGGAAAUUUGGUCUGGAGAUAAGCUAUCAUUAUUGUGGAUGUUAUCAAUACGUUGAGAACGAGAAAAGCAAGUCCGAUCGCUACCAAAACAUUCCCACUCCAGGGAAGUAUACACUAGACGUGGUUAAGAAUAGCUGGAACACGAACAACAUUUGCUAAAAGCCAUUCCAGUGCUGGCGUACCAAGCAUCAGUUUAGCUGGCAAAAAUGGCACAAGAAGCGGCCGUAAAACAGUUCAUCGAUCGAAUCAACAGCUCUAGCAACGACCCAAACCGAAAGGCGGUGACACCGGCAAUUGCAACCCGAUUCCUCUUGGCACGAAAAUAUGACAUCACUCGCGCAAUGGCACUUUACGAGCAGCAUGAACUAAUACGGCAACGGGAAGGGUUGUAUGGAUUUGAUCCACAAACAGAACCGCUUCGAACAGAGCUGGAGACGGGCAAAUUCACGAUUUUGCCGGGCCGGGAUGCCAGUGGGGCAGCAAUCGCCCUGUUCACUGCCAAUCUUCACUAUCCAAUGACCGUGACCCAUAAAACAACUCUUCAGGGUGUUGUAUAUCAGCUAGACGUAGCUUUACAGAGCAGCGAGACACAGAAAGCUGGUUUAGUAUUCAUAUAUGAUAUGAGUACUUCGAAGUAUUCCAAUUUUGAUUACGAUUUAUCGCAGAAAAUCCUCACACUGCUAAAGGGCGGUUAUCCUGCAAGAUUGAAAAAGGUCCUUAUCGUAACAGCUCCGCUUUGGUUUAAAGCACCUUUCAAAAUUCUAAGGUUGUUCGUGCGAGAGAAAUUGCGGGAACGUGUCUUCACCGUAUCAAUACCGCAGCUUAGUUUACAUGUUCCUAGGGAAUCUCUUCCAGUUCGGUUAGGUGGCACUCUAGAAGUCGAUCAUUCCUCAUGGUUAUUGCAUUGUUACAAAUCGAUGACGAAUCGUGAAGACGAAAUUAUUGCAACAGCGGGCCAGCAACAGCAGCAGCCACAAACAUCUCAGUCCAACUCCACGGAUCUUAAUGGAGUGAUUGGUGCGAGUCCCGUAAUGGGUAGCGCGGGCAUUGCGGCGAUAGCUGCUGGAACAGGUACACUGGACACUCAUCAUUCUCUAACUGGUGUUGUUGGCUCGGAACUAGUGGACGUAGAAUUUGUGAAUUCUCAUAACCAUCGAGUGUCUCCUGAAAAUGGCGCCGAGGUGGAGGAUCACUUAAAUGUGGAGGAUAUUAGCAACAUAGCAGUUGUGGGUGCAAAUCAACAUCUUCCGGCAAAUCAUGCAGGCCAUGUUGGACAUCAAAAUCACCAUACAACCAGUGAGCUUUGGACAGAAAACCCUCCGAGUAGCGCUUCGUCUGGCUUUAGCGACGAUGACAGUUUGGCCGGGGCAGAAGGAGACCCUAAAACGAUCGAGCAAAUUGUGCAGAUGGUUCGUGAAAGGGGAAAAAUGGGUUUAAUCCGCGAAUAUACCGAAAUAAAAGCCCGCGCUCCAGAUGGUACCUUUACGCAUGCAAAGUUAAGAAAUAACCUAGCAAAGAAUCGAUACACGGAUGUGCUGUGUUACGACCACAGUCGCGUAGUACUGUCUCAGGAAGAGGAUGAUCCCGCGACGGAUUAUAUCAACGCGAAUUUCGUCGACGGUUAUAAGCAAAAGAAUGCAUAUAUCUCCACACAGGGUCCGCUGCCAAAAACGUCGUACGAUUUUUGGCGCAUGGUCUGGGAACAGCACUGUUUGCUGAUCGUCAUGACGACUCGGGUAAUGGAGCGGGGCCGCGCCAAGUGUGGACAGUAUUGGGAACCGACCGAAGGCGGUUUGGCGGAGUAUGGUUCAUUUCGAUUGCGAACAAUGUCGAUAGAAACUAACGAAGAUUAUACAGUGGUGGAGUUGGAAAUAAGAAAUAUUAAGACUGAUGAGGUAAGAUGCGUAUCGCAUUGGCAGUUUACCAGUUGGCCCGAUUACGGAGUGCCGUCGUCGGCGAAAGCUAUGCUAAACUUUCUACAGCGUGCCCGUGAAAAGCAAGCAGAGAUGGUCCGUGCGCUAGGCGAUCUUUGGGCCGGUCAUCCCAGAGGUCCACCUAUAGUGGUUCAUUGCAGUGCCGGGAUCGGUCGAACGGGAACAUUCAUCACGUUGGACAUAUGCAUAUCGCGCCUCGAAGAUGUCGGUACGGCCGAUAUCAAGGGCACGGUGGAAAAAAUUCGAUCACAACGGGCCUACUCAAUACAAAUGCCGGACCAAUACGUAUUUUGUCAUUUAGCACUGAUUGAGUAUGCUCUUUCACGCUCAAUGCUACAGUCGGUGGACCUUUCGGAGUUCGACGAUCGAGACGAAGAAUCCGAUUAGAACAUAGCAACUUAAGUGACAAAAUCAGCAUUAGCGAAAUGUGCGCGCAUGUGAUCUAAGACGAUUGAUACUGGUCCGGCUCAUCGGCUUCGGAUUUAGAAUUCCUGAGUAGGUGUGGAAGCUAUCGUAUUUUGUACAGUAGGCAAACUGUUGUUAAUAUUCUGAACGCUGUUUUGCACUGUUCCACCUCCAAACCGAUUAACACUUUCUCCGCAAUCACAGUAAAUAGCGAUCCGUUUUUCUAACAGCAUUAGAGGUUCUGCUGAUGUAUCAUACAUGCAAUCACGCUUCACGUUAAGUAUGUGGGUUCUAUUACUGUUUUAAAAUAACUUCACUAAUUUUUGACACAGCAGACAGAAACCACGAUCCUACAUCCUACAUAAGAAACGAUAAAUCCUGACUGUCAAUCUGCGAAAUACCAGGAGAUAUUAAACUACAGCAUGGGAAGAGAUGUGGUAACACACGGUAGGAGACUGUGGUGUGCCCUAGUAUUCGCAUUUAAUUUGGCUUUUUAUUAUGUAUUAGCAUCAAAGCUCUUUUCCCAAUCCGGAUGCUUUUCAAAGACAGUAGCAAACGAAACGGCCAAACUCAUUUCAACAGCAGGUGUAGCAGGUGAUUAUAGUUCGAGUAAACUCAUGGGAAGACGUUUAUCUCUACGUGCAACAGACAGAUUUCAAGCUUUAUCACCUAUUACAGUUCAAUGCGAAAGUCUUUUGCAAUCAUCAGGAGUAGAUCAAAAACAAAAAUUGUAUGAUAAUUUAUAAUAAUUUUCCAAACCCGCUACAUUUCAGUGCGGUAACAUUAGAGACAAGAAACAGCGUAGAUGGCGUAGAAAAUAUCAUCAAGUCCAGUGAAAUGUGAAAAAAAUCAAUUACAAAAGGGAAAUGUAGUAAUAUUAAAAACCACGGUAAAAACUGUUGUAACAAGAAUGCGAGAAAUAGAAAAAAAGAUAUCAAACUUUAUUUUUUCUAUUUAUUUUAUCUUUAGUGAAGGCGAUAUUCGUGAGUGCAGAUAGAGAUAUUUAAAAACUAGAACGGUAAAACAAUAAUUGGAAAGUGGUACUGGUACGUUGGGCGUAACAAACAAACAAAACAAUAACUAAAAAACAGCUCCGAAAAUAAAUUUAGAACAUGAUACACAUAUUGUGACUACACUGAAGGUCGUUCAAGAAAACUUGUAUUAUUCAUCCCUUUUAAAGUAAAAUGAACAGAAGCGGGUUAUUGUCGCCGCUGGUUUGAAAUCAAGUGAAGGCAGAUAAUCAAAUUGUAUUGUCAUAAAAUUAAGCCAAGUUUACUUCUGAAACCCGUCAUCAUUCUUUUUAUCUCAGUAAAAGCAUCAGAUAUUGUGCGGCCAAGUGCAGAUGCAACAUAAUUGCAAAACCACGCCGGCUCACGACUCCGAGCUGGCGGAGGUGGUCGUCAUAUUCCUUUUUGUAACAAAACCCAUGAUCGUAAGGAAGCAAUCGAAUAGAUGAGAUAUUUCUGCUGGACAACGCACUGAAUCGUGAAGCCAGUGUGAGGUGAAUGUGAGAAAGAAGCGAAAUCUAAAAUAUAACCUAUUAAUGGUUUA